UGGUGGAUAAACAGUGACAGCUACAGGGCAGCCACCUAGACCCACUACACAGGCUGUGGCGCUGCCCUGGCAAACAACACCAAAAUGGCUUCAGACAGUACACACAUCGCGCAGUUGACUUCUGAACUGUACUUCCUAAUAGCCCGAUUUCUAGAAGCUGGACCGUGUCAAAAAGCAGCCGAGACCCUGAUAAGGGAGGUGGAGGAGAAGGAGCUGCUACCCAUAAGGCUGGACUGGACGGGACAGGAACACCCCGGGACAUACGAAAAUUUGGUGAAGCUAUACCGGCACAUAAGUGCAGACCACCUGCUGCAGGUCUGCUCCAGAGUUUGUCCGCUGCUGGAGAGGGAGGUCCCUGCCAGCGUGCCUGGACUUACCAGCCUAUUGGGGGCCGGCAGGCAGAAUCUCCUCCGCACCAGCAAGAGUUGCAAGCAUGUUGUGUGGAAGGGCUCAGCACUGGCUGCGCUACACUGUGGUCGACCACCGGAGCCACCUAUUAUCUACGGGAGCCCACCAAAUAUUGUCGAGACGAGCUUCGGCCGUCGACUCAACGGCUCCUACCGUCUCCGGCAGCUGGUGCCCACAGCUGUGUACCAGCACAUGAAGAUGCACAAGAGGAUCCUGGGACACCUGUCGUCCGUGUACUGCGUCACCUUCGACAGGACGGGACGACGCAUCUUCACGGGCUCAGACGACUGCCUUGUGAAGAUUUGGGGAACAGAUGACGGGCGUCUGCUGGCGACGCUGCGUGGCCACGCCGCUGAGAUUUCCGACAUGGCCGUCAGCUAUGAGAACACCAUGAUCGCUGCCGGGUCCUGUGACAAGACUAUCAGAGUGUGGUGCUUACAGACCUGUGCCCCUUUGGCCGUCCUGGAAGGACAUGCAGCCUCUAUCACCUCAUUGCAGUUUUCUCCUCUCUGUUGCGGCUCAAAGCGCUACCUGUCCUCCACCGGAGCUGACGGCACCAUCUGCUUCUGGCAGUGGGAUGCACGCACUCUAAAGUUUGGUCAGAGGCCCAGUAAAUUCACAGAGCGUUCCAGGCCUGGCGUCCAGAUGAUCUGCUCCUCCUUUAGCGCAGGUGGUAUGUUCCUGGCCACAGGAAGCACGGAUCACAUCAUCAGGGUGUACUACUUCGGGUCAGGCCAACCAGAGAAGAUCUCCGAGCUUGAGUCCCAUACAGACAAAGUUGACAGCAUCCAGUUUUCACAUUGCAGUGACAGGUUUGUAAGCGGUAGCAGGGAUGGUACAGCACGAAUCUGGCAGCUGCAGCCUCAGGGCUGGAGGAGCAUUCUGCUGGACAUGCAGACCAAAUUACCAGGGAAGUACAACCCUCCUCCGCUGGAAGACAAGGUGACCAAGCUGAAGGUUACAAUGGUAGCAUGGGAUCGCCAUGACGGCACGGUGAUCACAGCGGCCAACAAUCUGACACUGAAGGUGUGGAACUCCACCACCGGCAACCUCGUCCACGUCCUGAUGGGUCACGAGGAUGAGGUGUUUGUUCUGGAGCCACACCCCUUUGAUCCAAGAAUCCUUUUCUCGGCGGGGCAUGAUGGGAAUUGCGUUGUGUGGGACCUGGCCAGAGGAGUCAAGAUCCGGUCCUAUUUCAACAUGAUCGAAGGCCAAGGGCACGGGGCGUUGUUUGACUGCAAAUGUAGUCCAGAUGGGCAGCAUUUUGCAGCCACCGACUCCCAUGGACACCUGCUCAUCUUUGGCUUUGGCUCCAGCAGCAAGUAUGACAAGAUAGCGGACCAGAUGUUUUUCCACACCGACUACCGGCCACUGAUCCGAGAUGCCAACAAUUAUGUGCUGGACGAGCAGACUCAGCAGGCGCCACAUCUGAUGCCCCCUCCUUUUCUUGUGGAUGUGGACGGGAACCCCCACCCUCCUAGAUACCAGCGGCUGGUGCCUGGCAGGGAGGGCUGCAGGGAUGAGCAGCUUAUCCCGCAGAUGGGGGUCACUUCCUCAGGCCUGAACCAAGUGGUGAGUGAGCAGGCGGUGGACGGCUCCAGUCCGCUGGAUACAAUGAUUCAGAGGCUGCAGCAGGAACAGGACCAAAGACUGGGAGCGAAUGACGCCUCUGCUUCUACUGCUGCAAGCACCAGGGCCAGCAGAGGAUCGGUGGGUUCUCCCACAGAGGUGCACUCCCCGCCCAAUGUGGGUCUGCGUCGCAGCGGGCAGAUCGAGGGUGUCCGCCAGAUGCACAGCAACGCCCCACGCAGCCAGAUGGCCACAGAGGGAGACCUGGUGGCCUGGAGCCGCAGGGUGCUGGUCCCUGAGCUGGAGGACGCGUCUGUCAGGAGACAGGUAAACUGGCGUGAGGCUAAAGGGGAGGAGGAGAUCAAUAUUUAUCAGUCAGAAAGGAGGAGACGUACCAUCCACUCUCUCCCUAAGGAGAGCAGGGUUCAUCCGACAUCAGAGUGUGUAGUUGACGAGGGGAGGAGGAGCCAGGGCAACCACGGCUAUCAGACUCGUGCUGCCAUGGAGGAGACGAGCCGCCAGAGCGCAGAGGCUGCUGAUGACGAUGAAAGCACCUCAGAGGGAGAGGUGGAGGUACGGCAAAUCAACGGACAUUCCUCAGAGGAGGAGAAGGAUGAGGAGGAAAAGGAGCCAUGGCCAGAUGACCACAGUAGUUCAAGUGACUACUCCAGCGAUUACUCUGACUGGACAGCAGACGCAGGGAUCAACCUUGAACCGCCAAAGAAGAGCGUGAAAGUGAAAAAGAAAAGCAGCGGCUCUGAGGAAGACGGAGAGAAGAAGAGAGAAGGCAAGAAAGAAAGGAAGAAAGAGAAAGCAGACAAAGAUGGCGCAUUACCAAAGAAGAAGAAGCCAAAGGAGAAGAGGAAGAGGACAGAGUUACAGGAGGAAGGGCUAACUCUGGAGGAGUGGCUUCCCUCUGCCUGGAUCACAGACACGGUCCCCCGCAGAUGUCCUUACAUACCCCAGAUGGGAGACGAGCUAUACUAUUUCAGACAGGGCCAUGAAGCCUAUGUGGAGAUGGCCAAGCAAAAAAAGAUUUUCAGCAUCAAUCCUAAGAAGCAACCCUGGCACAAGAUGGAGCUACGGGAGCAGGAAUUGAUGAAGAUAGUUGGCAUCAAGUAUGAAGUCGGCCUGCCCACACUGUGCUGUCUGAAGCUUUCCUUCCUGGACCCUGACACCGGGAAACUGACCGGAGGGUCCUUCUCCAUGAAAUACCACGACAUGCCUGAUGUAAUCGACUUCCUGAUAUUGCGGCAGCAGUUUGACAAUGCCAGGAAGAGACAGUGGAGUAUAGGUGACAGGUUUCGGUCAGUGAUUGACGAUGCCUGGUGGUUUGGGACCAUUGAGAGCCAGGAGCCCUACCAGCCUCAGUAUCCUGACAGCCUGUUUCAGUGCUACAAUGUCUGCUGGGAUAAUGGCGAUACGGAGAAGAUGAGUCCUUGGGAUAUGGAACCCAUCCCUGAAGAUGCCACGUUCCCCGACGAGUUGGGCACAAGCGUCCCGCUGACAGAAGAAGAACAGAAGGAGCUGCUGUACGUCCCACUGGACGGGGAAUGGGGCUGCCGCAAACGCGCCGACGAGUGCGAACGCAUCAUCAAAGCCAUCGACCAGCUCUGCACGCUCGAUGUAGCAGCGCCAUUUGCCUUUCCAGUGGACCUACAAGCUUACCCCACGUACUGCACAGUAGUGGCCUACGUCACGGACCUCAGCACCAUACGCGAAAGGCUGGUGAACCGCUUCUACAGGCGACUGUCCUCUCUGAUGUGGGAGGUACGUUAUAUUGAACACAAUGCCCAAACAUUCAAUGAGCCUGGGUCGUUCAUUGUCACUACCGCCAAGUUUGUCUCUGACCUCAUGCUGCAAUUCAUUAAGGACCAAAGUAUGACAGACCUCAUGCCCCUCUACAAAACUAUGAAGAAGGCCACCUUCUCUGACUCGGAAGAUGAGGAUGAUGAGGAGGAGGACGAAGAUACUAAUACUCCUGGUACAUCCACACGAAAUCACAAGGGCCGUCGACCCAUGCGGCGGCAACUUCGAACGCGACCUCCUUCAUACGACCCUCAUGCAUGGAGGGGGCGCUGUAAGGAGCUCCUGGAUCUCAUCUUUCAGUGUGAAGACUCUGAGCCCUUCAGAGAACCUGUGGACCUGCAGGAAUACCCGGACUACCUGCAAAUAGUCGACUCACCGAUGGACUUUGGCACCGUCCUCAACACGCUAACAGAAGGAAAGUACCAGUCCCCCAUUGAGCUCUGCAAAGAUAUCCGACUCAUUUUCAGCAAUUCCAAAGCCUACACGCCCAGCAAGAAGUCUCGGAUCUACAGUAUGAGUCUGAGGCUCUCAGCACUGUUUGAGGAGCAUGUCAGCUCCAUCCUGGCCGACUACAAGGCCAUCCACGGCCUGACUGAUAAACUGACCAGACAGGGCACGGACAGACAGAUGCGACACACUACGGACAGACAGACACGGCACGCCAUGAAGAGGAGGAGGAGGAGGAGCGAAUCUCCAGCCAGCAGCACUGCAUCCAGUCCAGAGAGGAAGAGACGGGUAUCGUCCAGGGUGACUGGAAAAAGGGAGCCGUCACCAGCUCCUUCGCGACCCUCCUCCCUGAGACAGAGCGUCCCCCUCAAACAGCCCCCUCAGCUGGUGAACGGGAAAGCAGACACACCGGCAGCAGGGCGUACGCGAAGUGCAGCACGCCAUUCCACGUACACGCCGCCCUCCUUGUCCUCCUCACAAACCGCAAGCAACACACAGAGCACAGCAGAGUCUACUCGCUCACUGAGGGCUCAUAACUCUGUGUCAGCAUCAGCGCCACCAGCUCCUGAAAAGGUGGCACCCUCUCCAGCCCCAGAAAGUAGCAGUGGAGGAAGCACCCGGAGGAAACUCAGGACUCCUGUACGACACACACCUGGCUCUCCUGCCAGCCCUUCAUCUCAGAGCACAGUCCACCUGAAUGGCCACAGCAGUCAUGUGACCCUGGGUGUGGGGAAGAGGGGACGGAAAUCCAGAGUGGACCCACCAGUGAGUCCUCCAGAAGUCGUGACUCCAGGGAGCCCUUCCAGACCCCGAGGCCGCCCUCCUGGCAAGAAGAGAGGCAGGAAGAGCAAACAGGAGCUGGAGGACAUGAGAAGGAGCGGCAACCGCAGGAGCUCCACCCCUAACGAUGAGCUUGACCAAUCGACAGGGGACGAAGGCGGGAUGUCUUCCACGCAGGAAACAUCUUUGCUGUCGGAUUCGGGCAUGACAUCGACGCCUAGACGGCGAGGCCGGCCCCGGGUGGUGAGAACCGAUGACGCCACUCCUCCCGCGGAGUCACCUGAGCCCUCGCCACUGAGGAGGAGCAGCAGGAGAGCCAAUGAGGAGCUCACGCCUCCUCCCCAGACUACUCCUCAGCGAUCCAAUCGGAAGGAAUCUCCAAAGGAGGAGGCAGGGGAGGAGGCAGGUGGGUCGAUGCGCACACGUAACCAGGGACGGCGAUCUGCCUGGUACGUCGAGGAGGACUCUGAGGAGGAGCAGAGGCAGCUGCUGUUUGAGGACUCAUCAAUCACCUUUGGCACCUCCUCUAAGGGACGUGUCCGCAAGCUCACAGAAAAGGCCAAAGCCAACCUGAUAGGCUGGUAACGGAGACAACAGAGCAGACACAGGGUGUGAGGAGGAGGCUGACUGCCUUGACGGAGAAGAAAUCUGGCUGAGAUUUCUUAGCUAAUGCGUUGGAGGAGUAGGGGGGCCGAGCUGGGAAAGUCAUGCUUGGUGUUGUAUGCAUUUGUGUGCGUGUGUGCGUGUGCGUGUGUGUGUGUGUGUGUGUGUGUGUGUGUGUGUGUGUGUCUGGGGAGCUGCUAGUCCAGCUGCUGCUAUUCAAAGCUGUGGCUACGGAGAGACACAACAGCGCAGUUACCUGUCCACUCCUCCUUCUUCUUGGCCCAGUAAGCACAUCGCCACGCCAACCGAUGGCUUUCUGACAACGCAUGUUCAUUUGUCCCAACUCCUCUCACGUUAUUGGUCCAUGUUGGAUCCCACAGGAGCUCGUGGACUCCGAUGCUGGUGGUCUUGUGACUCGCUCCUUUUUUCUGGUGAACCUACUCUUCACCACCUUAAACACUGUUGGCGUCAGACCGGGCAAAACAGUAGUUUUAGUACUUGAAAAAAUCAUGAGGAGAGCUGGAUGUAUCUUUACUCACUCUUACUAUUUUUGAGGACUUGAUGGCCUACGACAGAUUAGAGACCACUGGCCUG